GACGUCAGUCUCCCGGGCAGCGCGGCGCUGGCUCUCAGUGCCCAAGAUGGCGGACUCGCAAACGACGGGUCUGGGCGAGGAUACGGACAAGGAGGACAGGGGGAGCGGCGUGAGGACGUCUAGGCCGUUCCGGGCCAAGUGGAAGGACGGCGGUGGGGACAGCCUGCGCUUCACUGACAAAAAUGGCAGUCGGAAGGGAACGAAACGCGACCUUUCAGAUCUGUCUCUGGUCAGGUUUGUAACCACCGAGCUCACCAGAGGCUACUUCCUGGAGCACAACGAGGCCAAAUACACCGAGCGCAGGGAGAAGGUCUACACCUGCCUCCGCAUCCCGAAGGAACUGGAAAAGUUGAUGACGUUUGGCUUCUUCCUCUGCUUGGACGCCUUCCUCUACGUCUUCACGCUCUUACCUCUAAGAGGGUUGCUGGCCUUACUUCAGCUUCUCACAUUGCCGUGCUGCGGUCUCAACGGCGGGCGUCUCCUGCAGCCGGCCCAGGUGUGCGAUGUGCUGAAAGGCUUCAUCAUGAUCCUGUGUUACUCCAUGAUGAGCUACGUCGACUACGCCAUGAUGUACCACCUCAUCCGCGGCCAGUCCGUCAUCAAGCUCUACAUCAUUUACAACAUGUUGGAGGUGGCCGACCGCCUCUUCUCGUCUUUCGGCCAGGACAUUCUGGACGCGUUGUACUGGACGGCCACGGAGCCCAAAGAAAAGAAGCGGGCGCACAUAGGCGUCAUACCGCACUUCCUCAUGGCUGUGCUCUACGUCUUUCUCCACGCCAUCCUCAUCAUGGUCCAGGCCACCACGCUCAACGUGGCCUUCAACUCCCACAACAAGUCGCUCCUCACCAUCAUGAUGUCCAACAAUUUUGUGGAAAUCAAGGGAAGCGUUUUUAAGAAGUUUGAGAAGAACAACCUGUUCCAGAUGUCCAACAGCGACAUAAAGGAGAGGUUCACCAACUACAUUCUCCUGCUUAUCGUCUGUCUGAGGAACAUGGAGCAGUUCUCCUGGAAUCCCGACCACUUGUGGGUGCUGUUUCCCGACGUGGCCAUGGUGAUCGCCUCCGAGGUGACGGUGGACGUCGUCAAGCACGCCUUCAUCACCAAAUUCAACGACAUCAGCGCCGACGUUUACGGAGAGUACCGAGCCAGUCUGGCCUUUGACCUGGUCAGCAGUCGACAGAAAAACGCUUACACAGACUACAGUGACUCGGUAUCCAGGAGAAUGGGCUUCAUUCCUCUUCCCCUCGCACUGUUGCUUAUCCGUGUGGUGAGCAGCUCCGUGAAGAUCCACGGCUCGCUCUCCUUCAUGUGCGUGCUGCUCUUCUAUUUCGGGCUGAUCACGUUGAAGGUGCUCAACAGCAUCAUUCUGCUGGGCACGUCCUGCGCCUUCGUCAAGGAGGCCAACAUGGAGGAGAAGCUCUUUGAGCCGCCGCCCUCGGCCGUCUCUAGCCGCGUCAACUCUCGGGCGCACCGCGCCAAGCCGACGCACGGGGCCGCCGGGCAAGAAGCCACGACGGAUAAAACCGGGAUCCCCUUGGCGUCCGUUAGCCCGCAACCCGCCUACGUGUCGGAGAACUCCGCAUCGGCCGCCGCCGCCUCCUCGCUUCCCAAAAGCGACUCGGACGUCUUCCUCACCACGCCCGACGAGGAGGACGACGUCAUCAAGAUCAUCAACACGGACACGGGCUUGGAGGAGGACGCGGCGGCGCGCCGGACCCCCAAGAAAGACUUGCUGGAGAUCGACCGUUUCACCAUCUGCGGCAACCGCAUCGACUGAACGCCGAGGCGACGAGUAUUUAUUUAUUUAUUGAUACGAAGCGGCGUUGGCGCCGAGCUGUUGCCGCGCGGGGGCUCUCCGGACCCCCGCCGAGGACAGAAGUUGACGUGAAACCUGCUUUAAUGGUUACAACUGCACCGUGUGUGUGUUUUUGAAAGCACAGUCGGCCAUUGUUUUAACCCAUUGAUUUGUUCAAUGUAACAAUCGUGCAUAAAAAAGCAACGGGGGAAUACCUAAGUACAUGAAAAUAAUCACAGAAAAUGUAAUGAAAUUGAAGAAUAGUACUAAUAAUUGGUCAAUCCUACUAUUUUUUAUGUACUUAGGCAUUCAUCCGAUCCUUUACGUAUGGCAGCGAAAGAGAAACUCAUGAUUGGACGCCAUAUGAUUGGAUGUCUAAAUUCAGGCAAACGAGGUUAAGGAGGAUUUUAUUGAUUUGUUGUUUGUUUUUUUUGACUGAAAAAAUUUGAAUGUUUUUAUCUGAAGUGAAAGAGUCAAAGGAACAAGCUAGAAUCAGGCGUACCCCAGGGCUCAAUCUUGAGGGCCCUGCAUUUCAACUACCUUCUCCCCUUUGAAGGGGGCUUGUCAAUAUUUUUUUUCAUUGUUAUUUGUAUUAAUGUAGAGUCUUAAGCAUGGUGCACUGAAUGAUCAGUGCCAUUGAUGGCGCAGCCAUUUUGACUAGAUUUGCCGAGCGAAACAGCUUUUGUAGAAACCAUUUUUUAAAUAAAAAUUUUAACUCAUUUUUUUCCCACCCAAAAUAAAUUUAAAAGAAUACAAUGCAAACUUUCAAUUCUCAUUUUACAGAAAGCGCAGAAAAUAAUAGUUACAAUUUUGGGUUUUUAAUGUCACCCUUGAAUUGUUUUAUAUUGAAUGAAUUUAAUGCCAAGUAAUAUUUUUGAAAAACUGUUUUACAUGUAGGAUAUAAAAGUCUACACACCCCUGUUUACUCACGAACUGCCAUUAACGGCGAUAGACGUCCAAUCCCUUUUGACUGGGAGGGGCUGACAGCGAUCCAUUUAAUGUCUAUCGUUGUCUACGCCACGUCUGUUUGAUAUUUUAAAAUAUGAAAAAUCUUUGGAAAAAUACACAAGGGUUGUAUGUAGACUUUUGAAAUCAUAUGUACCUCGAUGCACUGUCUCAUCUUUGACUGACAACGUUACUGAUAGCUUCUGAGUUUGCUUCGUGUGUGCGAGCGCGCGUGUAUGUGAUAUCAUCUUCCAAGAAGAAUAAAGUAUUUUGU